UUCUAAAAUGUCCAAAAGGUAAUGUAGUGUGUUGAAGUAGUAAAGUGUAUUGAUUUUGAAGAGGUGUUGUAUUUUAUUCCAGGGGUAGUUUCACUUGAAUUAGCUUGAAGUCCACGAGGUCAAUCAUGAUGGGAACCUGUCAGUCAGAUUCUUGAGCUCCUGCUGCAGGUUGUAGGCUAUCAUAUGAUCACCAGUGAGACGUGAGAUACGGCAGUAACACACCCAGUUCUCACGCGCACAGUCAGUGCAAGACUGCGCUCGCGGCAGUGUGAGACAGAUCUCUACCGGCUGUAUGAUUCAACUCAAGUACUGCAAGAAAAAUGAGCAGCUCAUCAUCAUCAUUAUUAUCCUGACUGACUUUCGGGAACAUCGUUUUUAAUACAGCUGAUUAUUGAGCGCUUAAGUUUGGAUUAAAACGCGUGGAUACUUUUCAUCAUGGGAGGAAGACGCACAGGCGCAGCUGGAAAUGACUACUCUUUUGUCAGUCCUGUGGUCAAAUAUCUACUGUUCAUGUUCAACUUCCUAUUUUGGAUAAUCUCCCUGGUGAUGGUGUCUAUCGGAGUGUACGCCCGCAUGAUGAAACAUGCAGAAGCAGCUUGGGCUUGUCUGUCCGUGGACCCCGCUAUAAUGCUGAUGGUGGUGGGGGUCCUCAUGUUCUUACUCACCUUCUGUGGCUGUGUUGGCUCCCUGCGAGAAAACAUCUGCCUGCUGCAAACAUUCUGUAUCUGCCUGACUGUGAUCUUCAUGGUCCAGGUGGCUGCUGGUGUUUUGGGAUUCAUCUUCGCAGAUAAGGCACGAAAUAAAGUGACUGAGGUGAUCAACAAUGCUAUAGUCCACUACCGAGAUGACAUUGAUCUGCAAAACCUUAUUGACUUCGGUCAGAAAGAGUUUGGCUGCUGUGGUGGAAUAGCGUACACCGACUGGUCCCAGAACAUGUACUUCAACUGCAGCCAGGACAAUCCCAGUAGAGAACGCUGCUCGGUCCCCUACUCAUGUUGCAUCAUAUCCCAAAACAAGGAGGUUAUUAACACCAUGUGUGGCCAAGGCAUGCAGGAAUUAGAGUACACUGAAGCUGCUAAACACAUUCACACUAAUGGCUGUAUAGACAAUAUGGUCGACUGGAUUCACAGCAACCUGUUCCUACUAGGAGGCAUUGCACUGGGACUGGCAAUACCACAGCUGGUCGGGAUCCUCCUGUCUCAGAUUUUAAUCAACCAGAUCAAAGACCAAAUCGAGCUCCAGAAAUACCAAUACAAGCACCGAACUGACCCGUGGCCCUAAAACCCAAGCCAGGUCAGACCAGAUUUGGAUGAAUGGCACCAGAAAGACUCCAAAAAACAUCUCUCAAAAGGAGGCAUCGGCCUGGAAUGAACAUUAAGUCUUAUUCCUGUUAGAUAAGAACAAAAACAACAACAACAACAACAACAACAAACUUUUAAGAGAGCACAUGAACAAACCAGUAACAUGCUUUCAAAAACUUGGUAAAAAGUGGAAGAAGGAAACAAGUGGGGAAAUGGGCCUCUGUCGCCACCUUGUGGACAUAGACAGAACUUGCAUUUACUACAUUUUUUACAGUAUUUAGUAAUACCAAAGCAGAUUGGGGAAGGGUCAUUUAGUGCUGAAAGUCCUAUGGACAGGAUCAUAUGUUUUUUUCUCAAAGACAUCCAUUAUACUGCAAUAUUAUCUAAAAAGGGAAUUGUAUUUUUAUACAUUAUGGCUGUAAGCAUUUGUGAGAUUGAUUUUACAUUUGAUACUUUCUGGAUGUUUAUUAUAGAUCCUUUUUAUUCAUGCUUUAGCCAUGUCUACUGUAUGAUAUUAUAUGUUUUCACUUCAUAGUUACAAUAUCAGUGUAAGUAUGCCAACUUGACACAAGUUACAAGUGUAAAAAUAGAUAUGUAUGUCCAAAAUGUCUUUUACCCUUGUUACAAAUACAAAUGAAUAGUGUGAUAUGAUUUUAAUGUUUUGUUUUUUUUUGGUGAGAACUGCAAAGAUAAUGUUUAUAUGAAUGGUCUUUCUCUCUAGAACAUGGCCCAUGUUGUUUGGUCUGGACCUCACACUGCUCAUGAUGUCAUUUCCUCCUCACGUUUUAGCCAGCUGACAGCCUGCACGGCUACACAACUGCUGGAUUUUGUGGAGUGCAUGUCUCAACAGGUUUGCCAUUGCAAAUAAACGUUUGCCAAAACAACGCUGGCCAUGUACACCAUUUAUAUACCCUGUACAUACACAGCGGCUGAUAUAUUAUCCAUUGUGUAUGCAUCGUUUGAAUUCUGUUCUCACCUUUUGCUGUCUUGUUUUUUCUUGUGCAGGACUCUACUUUACUUUCCUACUUAACAAAACAGCUGUGUGAACAUCUCAAAGUGAUGCAGCUUUGUGUUGUCACCUCACCAAAAAAACUGCCUUAUAUCAG